GAAAAGUAACAAGAUGAGGGAAAGUUAGGAAAGGUAAAGGUAUUUAUAUAGUUUUUUUUUUGAGAUAUAUUUACAUAAUAUGUGAGUAAUGCUUUUUCACAUAAAUUACGUGAUACGCCAAUGAAAUUGAUUAGUCUUGACUCCAUUGAUUCAUGAGUCAUGAUAACAACUCUGAUAUUUCUUAUAGUGCCUUGCGUAAAUAUAGUGCCUUGUGCAAAUAUAAUACUUUCCGCAAAUAUAGUAACUCGCAAAAAUAUAGUAACUCGCGAAAAUAGUGACUCGCGAAGUUCUAUUUUUUUAUCGAUCAUGGUCAUCCGAUUUUUCUCACGAUUCGAAAGUAAUACAUUAUUAAUAGACUCGUAUUAUUUUGAUAACUCUAACGUCAUUUUGACUAUUUUAUAGAAAUACAGUUUGUU